CAGAUGAAAGGCGAGAGGCGGAGUCGACUAAAACAGUAUAAAAUGACGGAGUGGUCGAAUGGAAAGACAUCAGUUGCAUCCAGCUGUUGUACAACAACAAAAACAACAUGAAAGUAUUCAUUUUCGCCGUAUUGAUCGCUGUGGUCGCAGGACAGGCUUACAAGCCAUCAAACUAUCCUGCAGCACCUUACAAGCCGGAGUAUCCAGCACCAGGCUACAGACCAUCAUACCCUGCUCCUUACAAACCGGCUUACCCUCCACCUGCCUACAAACCUGAAUACCCGUCUUACAAACCCGAGUAUCCUGCUCCAGCCUACCCAUCAAAGAGCUACGAUUACCCCCCAAUGCCGUACAAAUUCGAAUGGGCCGUUAAGGACGAUUACACUUACAACGAUUAUGCCCAUGAAGAGACCAGUGAUGACAAGGGUCAAGUAACCGGCUCUUACCGCACUCUCCUUCCCGAUGGGCGCACUCAAGUGGUCAACUACAAAGCCGAUGACUACACUGGAUACAUUGCUGAUGUCAAGUACGAGGGAGAAGCCAAAUACCCGGCUGAAUACAAACCAGCAUACAAGCCUGGCUACCCUGCUCCGGCUUACAAGCCUGCCUACCCCGAGCCAGCGUACAAGCCUACCUACCCUGAGCCAGCAUACAAGCCUUCCUACCCCGAGCCAGCAUACAAACCUUCGUAUGGAGCCCCAGCUUACAAGCCUUCGUACCCUGGUCCAGCUUACAAACCCUCCUACCCACCCGCCAAGUAUCCAGCCUACCCGGCUCCCAAAUACCCCGCCAAGUAUCAGUAAAAAAAAGUAUAUUAUAUAGAGAAACGUGUGAAAAUAUCUACCUUAAAUCUUACAUGUACUUAUCAAAUAAAUGAUCUUAAUAAUAUCAUAA